UUCCGAUUGUUGUGACUGUGUACAAGUUGUCUGCUUAUGUUUUUAUUAAUUUGAUGUGUUGUUUUGAAGUGUUUCAAUAGUGACGUUUAUCGGAUGUUGCUUUCAUAACUCGUGUUUACUUCUGUGAGCGCUAAGAGGACGCGUACAUUACUUUGAGUUUGCUUAUGGAAAUAUUAUAGAAAUGAGUGACAGCAAGUCACUCAACGCCCGCCAGGGAUACAGCAUUCGUAACCUACUGCAGCUGCCAAACGCGUCCAGUUCUCCUGGCCCCAACGUGAAUACACCCACCCUCAAGAACUUCGUACGACCACCGGCCACUCAAGCCAACCAAAAUGCUCAAGACUCCAUUACAACAAGCACAGACAAGAACUAUGACGACCCUCCGAUAAUCCACAAACUGUUUCGGCCGAUUACUUCUGCCACGUCCACGACGACGUCGAUGAAUACGUUUUCGGCGUUACCUCAAAUAAACAAAAGAAGAUUUGAAUUUGGAGUUGAUGUUGAAGCAUUUAGAAUAAUUGAUAGGCAACAUAAUCUGGGAACUUCUGAAGAGUCGAUGGAAGACGAAGCCGUCGUCAAGCGGCGUAGGCGACUACUAGAUGAUGAACAGCAAGACAAUACUGAGGAACGAUGUAGAGUAUACAGCACUUCAUCGCAUCAUGACUUUUCUCGUUUAAAUGUAAAUGAAAACUAUGCACAUAGCCACACAAUAAUGAAAUCUACGUCUAGUACAUGGCCAGAACAUCCAUCGCCAGAAAGUGGAGAUGAGAAUGACGACAACGAGUUUGAAAAUUACUUUAGUGAUAAGAGGUCUGAUAAAAUGUUACCGUCUUCCCCUUCGCAAUCAUCAGAGAGUACUGAUGAUUCACAAAAAAGCUUUUCAUUAAACAAUCAAUUAAAUGAACAGGAAAGAAAUGAUAAUGAAGAAGAAAAUGAAAAAGAAAACAAUGGGGCUCAACAAAAACCAGAUACCGAUGGUUACGAUGGCGGACAUAGAGAUAGUAAAAAUUGUAAUCAUUAUGACGCAACGCACUUUGAUGAUCUUGUCGAUUCAUCAUCAAAUGAGCUUGAAAUUGAUAUGUCUGACAGAAAUGACGAUAGGUACGAAGAUGAAAAGGAUAUAAUAACAAAACAGAAAGAAAUCAUGUCUGUUAAUAAGCAGACUUUGUACAAUGCUUAUAAAGCUGCCACCGCGUCGCUGCCUUAUUCUACUCAAUCAGCAUUCAAACCACCGGCUGAAGUGAAGCACAAAAUACACACAAAUUCAUUCCCGAGUGAACCUUUCGGGGGUUAUUCGAAUGACCACGAGAAGAGCUCCAAAGUGUCAAAGCAGUACACGAUACUGCAGCCGGCGGGGCUCGGUUCCCGGGCAGCUUCCGCCCUGCACGAGGCGCGCGCGGUUCCUUCCACACAACCCACACGCGACUCGCGGUCUCUCAACCCACUGUCUCCGACGGCCGCCAGAGAAGGCAACAAGUGUCCAACUCCAGGUUGCAAUGGGCAGGGUCAUGUCACCGGUCUUUAUUCGCACCACCGAAGUACUGGCCCUGCACGAGACAAUCCUAAAGUGCCCGACUCCAGGCUGCAACGGUCGAGGCCACGUCAGUUCCAAUAGAAGCACUCACCGAUCUCUCUCCGGUUGUCCGACCGCUGCAGCGCGGAAGGCAGCAGCCAGAAC